AUGGACAAAGCGGAUCAAUCCGUGGUCAUGGACCCUUCGGCGGCUGAGCCAGAGAAUCAUCGCCUCAAACAGCUCACGGAUCUGCCAAACGAAAUUCUGAGUCUCAUAUGCAGCUUCCUCAUUCCCCAUUGUCCUGAUAUCACGCCGUUCAAAGCAGAUGAGCUCGACGCUACAAGAACUCCCACAAGACUCGAAGGGCUGGAGACGUUCAACAAGCUCUAUGCAGGGUAUAUAUUUACGGAGCAAUUUACAGAGACGAACCCGACAGAAAUGAAGGUAGGCGGAUGCGAUAGGCCCGACUUUCCAGUUUUGAAAGCGUCUACAACCAAAAAGCGAGGGCACAAUAGCCUUGCCAGUUUCGCAGCCACGUGCAGAUACUUCAACACUCUUGUCCGUAGGCUAUGCGCCCGGCGUCACUUCACCCUAACCGUGAGCGCCUACGGUCUCACUUUUGAGAAUCUGCGAGACGCAUCACCCAUGCAGACGUUCUACGCACUCCACCCCGUAAUUUCCACGUGGCAUGAAUACGACUUCCUCAUGGUCGUAUCGGAAGGGUCCCAAGUUGUCGAAAUCCCACCUAUGCAGCUCCCUGGAAACAUCGCAUUCGGUGCAUUCACUGAUGCUUUCAGGCACUUGAGGCAUCUCCAUUUACACGUGGAAAUGGAAAUGGCACGCCUCGGAAUCGGGAAGACAGACCUUUUUCUCGAACGAAUUGGUCAACUCCACCGCCUUCGCCGCCUCCGCGGGGCAAAACAGCUCUCCCUGGAGAGGCUUGAUAUCGUUGUGAACGUGGGAUUCCACAACUUCGCCUUGAACAGAGCCAUCGGUGAUCAUGAUGAUUCUGAAAUACCGAACCUGACCGGUUCUGAAAUAAUGUUUCUGUUGGAACCGGAAGAAUUGUUCACCGUCGGUAGAUACGGCGUGUGGCAGGUUGGGGCUGUCAUGGCUGGAUUUGCCAAUCACAUAUGGCGUUUUCGAGCUGAAGAAAACUACAGACGGAUGGCUUCAGGGACAAGCAGAGUGGGAGUGCAGAGCCCUGUGACGACACGGCUGUUGAUUCUCGGACAGGGCACGCCGAACAUGCGCUGGGGCCAGACGGGCAGAUUCCACACCAGCGAAGGUUGGGAGGUUGUGCCGUUCGGAAGCUUUGAGGACUUCUGCAAGAAACUUCAGGACCACAUGUUCCCACCUGCCGAGUGUUGCCACCCCGCAGAGAAUCGAAUCAUCGACCAAGAACGAUACAUCUGCGAACUCGGACUUCCCCUAGACGAGGACUAUCGACUCCCGUAUUUUGACCUAGAAAUGGAUGUGUGA